AUGGAUCAAGGCGUGGAUAAGAAUGUUACUGAUAAUUCGCUAGUUUCAAACUGUGAUUUCCCUGUUGUAAAAAAGUUGGAAAAGUGUGUGGAUGAAGAAGUUUCUGUGCAAUCUUCCUUCGAAAAUAAGGACACAAGAUCCCUUGGCAUGGUAUGUGAUCAUGAAAAUAACAAGAGUGGUGUUGCUGAGGUGAUUACACUAGAGAAGGAAGCAAUUGAAUCAUCUAGCUCAAUAAAUGUUGCAGAUGAAGAUCCUUUGUAUGGCUGUCAGACACCGCGUGAAAGCAUCUUUGAUCCUUUUGCUCCAGGACCAAAGGAGUUAGCUUGUGCACCAAAGAAGAAUGUGAUCAAGGCACCAGAACUUCCUCCGCGAAGGCAGCUAAGUUUUGAUUCAGGUGAUUACCCUGUUAAAAGGUUAAGUUUUGAAUUCGAUGAUGCUGAGGAGGAUGAUCAGUUUCUUGAAAGGAUCUGCAAGAUGUUUAUUGAUCUGAUUGUCUCAAAUCAAGCACUAGAGACGACUGGAAAGGAUCUGAUAGGUUCUAAUUCACUUGGAAGCUGUGAGACCUCUUCUUCAGAGCCUCUACUUACAAGCAUUGCAUACACCUGCCCAGAUGCGCCACUGAGGCGACCUCUUAAAGCAGUACAGCUCAGCCCAAGCAUUUGUCGAAAGCUCGACUUUGAUUCAGUCAGUCCAAGGUGUUUAUUCGUUAAAGAGAAUAAGUGAUAUCUUGACACCCUUUUGAUCUGCCCAGGAACAACAUUUUGGGGCAGUUUUUGGCUACCAAUUUCAGUUGCCCUGUGCCAAUAUGGUAACUUUGCUAACUGAAACUUGUAGGUAGUGAUGCUAAAGGAGUAGGAGGCAGUUUAAUAAGUUAUAUAUGUAAGCUUUAAUCAGUCUUCCUUUUAGGUGGGUUAGUCAUAUACAAUUAGGAGUUGUGGUCUGUGACCAUGUACCUUUUGUAAAUCUUAAA